AGCAGAUUACUACCGACAAGACUAUCCAGGGUCCUUUCUUUACCAUAUCUAUAUUGCAAUGGAGUUGAAAUAGUUGUCUUAUUUUACCUGUGUCGCGGGCGGGUUAAAUUGCUUCCCAUACAUUUCACAGAACACAUCGGUUUGGAGACUGUCUAAAAUCCAUGCCCAGGCAAACCUUGGCAGUUACCAUUAUCUAGACGCCAUUAGGCCUUUAUCCCAUCAUGGUGCCUUUACCAUUGUUCAAACUUGCAUCUUUAUUUGUUAGACAUAUUUCCAAGUAUGGCGCAAAUAGAAUUAAGAUCCAAGCCCACGAACACCCGUCACUGCGGCGCAUAGCAGCCAAAUAUGGACAAACGAUACACCAAAUAACCAUGCGAGUCUCCGUCGCCUCCAUGCGCGACGUGGCGGCGGAGAAACGAGCGAAAGAGAAGGCGGAGGCGCCGACAGUCAAGACUGCGGAGCAGGUGAAGGCCGACGAAGAAAAGGCCGCCGCAAAGGCUGCUGCUGCUGCAAAGGCCGCGGCGACAGGGACCAAAGAAAAGGUCUCUUCUUAUGACCCCAGCAGGAGCAUAUGGACGCGCAAGUUUAGGCCUAUACCAGAAGCGAAGGCUGUCGAUUUGUUUGCCGACGUCCUGGGCGAUGCGUUUGUCCUGCUCGUUGCAGGUGGCCUCAUUACAUACGAAUACGUCAAAUCCAAAUCGAAGCCCGAUCAAAAUACAGUCAAGAUUGCUGAAUUAGCAGAGCUGCUGAAAGACGAGGAGCGCAGGGUAGCGGAACUAGAAGAGGUGGAGAAGAAGCAACAACUUCGUGUUGAUGUACUUGAGCAAGCUUUGGAAUUGCUGAAGAGUGAAAGAGCUACAGGGAAGCUAAAAACGGCGUAGAACUGGAAGGUUUACCUUGGCUACCCGAAUAGUAUUUCGUAUCAUGAUCUAUGGACUCUUUACAGAACGAGGUUCGCAGCUUUAUUUGCACAUUUAUAUAAGUAGUGCAAGAAGGCGUAGGUGUAUAUACUCUACUUGUUUGUAUAAUAUUACAUAGACUCUCCCAUGGUUGGGGCAACCCGGCAAAGGGACCGCUCGGGUACCUAGCAAGGUGCUCUUGUAGUUCGGCGAUUGGGGAACAUCAGAUUAUGUUCUCGUGUCUUGUCUGGGGAAAUCGCUCCUAUAAGACAACCCUACUAUAUAUACCCAU